UCAAUUGUCCAAUUUGAAUGUACAAAGUGACCACAAAUAUUCACUUUACUCAAAAAGGUUGAGUAAUGUUUGGGAAAUAUUUAACCAUAAAACAGAUUUAAUUUUAUUGAGUUCAACCAAAUGUGGGGUUUACAGUUCAGAGGAGAGAAGGAGGAUAGGUAGAAAAAAAAAAAAAAAUUGUUUUGCAGACUGCUGCCAUCUUGUGGGACAUUUGCAAUAUUGCAAUUGUUUAGGAAUGACAGGAGUUUUUUUAUUUAUAUAAAUUCUAAGAAGAUGAAUUACUAUUGCUCUUUUGAAAGUUCAGACAUGGCUGUAUAUUAAUAGGGGAGGAGUCUGUAAGAGAUCACUAUAGUUCACUUUACAUUAUGGUUGCUGGGUUUAAUAUGGAAAAUGGACAACAAAAACUACUUGACCUGAUUUAAGUAUUAAAAAAAAGAAAAAGAAAAAGAGGAAGCUGCUAAACUAAUAAACUGCUUCACUCAGAAACAGGAAGAGUAUUGGUGUUCAGACGCUCAGAGCAGAAUCAUGCGCUUUUACUCUCUCAUCAGUUCUUUAAUUCUCUCUGUGUUUCUGCUCUUCAUCUCAGGUUCUGAGAGCGUGAGGACACUGAAGCAUUUAACUGUAAGAAGAGGAGGAUCUCUCACUGUUCCUUGUUUAUAUGAGAAGAAAUAUAAAUCCAACCGUAAAUACUGGUGUAAGGGGGAACACUGGAUCUCAUGUAGAAUAGUAGCCUACGCCAACUCAAGUAAUACAGGAAUAUCAGUCACUGAUCAUCCAUCCCAGAAUAUGUUUACUGUGGAUCUGAAGAACCUCCAAGACUCUGACUCUGGAUGGUACUGGUGUGCUGUGGAAAUUGGUGGUUAUUGGACUCCAGAUGACGGGGAUUCUGUGUAUCUGACGGUCAGUUCAGAUCCUGCUGUGUGGGUGGAGAACAGCACUGUGAUUGGUCAGGAAGGGGGCGGAGUCAGUGUCCAGGGUUACUACAGCUCUGGAUAUGAGAAUGAAGAGAAGAAGUGGUGCAGAGUUAAAGACUGGAGCUGCUACCCAUUCCAGAAUUCAACAGUGAACAUCAGUGAUGAUAAGAACAAUAGAUCCUUCAGAGUGGAGAUGAUUGGGCUGCAGAAGAGUGAUGCUGGCUGGUACUGGUUCAGUGCAGGAGAUGUGGGAGUUACUGUUCACCUCACCAUCACUAAUACAAGUGAGGGUGAAAUCAGUGUUGAAGGAGCACAACAAAAUGAAACCAUGCUGGCAUUCUUCAUCACCGCUGGGCUGCUCCUGCUGCUGAUAGUCUUGGGUUUGGUCAUCUGGAAGCUUCAUCAAAGAGGAAAACUGGCCACAUCCAGAGGAAGUGACAACUGUUCGGAUGAUGUGCUGUACAAUAACGUGGUCACCAGAUCAGAGCCAGAGAAACAACCAAAAGAGGUCGCUCCGACUGACCAUGAGAGUAGAGUCAUCUACAGCGCUGUGAAAUGAGGCCAGUGAGGGGCUCUUUGUCCGACCAACGGCCAGAGAAAAGAAGAUCAUCAACAGCUCAGUAUCUGUAUUAAGCUACUUCAGUAUGAAAUGGUAUUUAAGUGCAUGAAAGCAGCUUUGACGUUAGCAGUACGCGCCUCUAUUUUGAACUGUGUGCAUCUGUGUUCACUAUUUAUAUAUUUGCAUCUUAAGAAGAAGUAGCUGUUGUCUUUGCAUAUCUCGCUAUAACCCCCGUGGUCAGCAUGUGUACAGAUACUGGAAUAAAUUUGAAGAAGUGUGAGGAUAUAAGUCCCAGAAGAGGACUUCCUCCACACUUUUACCACAUUUAAAAAUUUAUCAUGUGACAUUUCUUUCAGCUAGUGUAUAAUAUUCUUCUUGGUGUAGUUAUUGUAUAUAAAUCAUAAAUAUGAUUUAUAUACACUUAUCAAGCAUGGCGCUGACACCACCUUCUUGUUUCUACCCCCAUUAUCCAUCUUUUAGCUCUACUGAUUGUCUUGUAUCUGUUUUUUUGCAUACUUUAUUAUUAUUAUCCUCAUUCCACCCUGUUCUACCAUACUGCAAUAAGACUGCAACAAAGGAAACUCGGAAAACAUACAGUCGUAUGAAAAAGUUUGGGCACCCCUAUUAAUCUUAAUCAUUUUUAGUUGUAAAUAUAAAUAUGGGUGUUUGAAACAGCCAUUUCAGUUUGAUAUAUCUAAUAACUGAUGGACACAGUAAUAUUUCAGGAUUGAAAUGAGGUUUAUUGUACUAACAGAAAAUGUGCAAUAUGCAUUAAACCAAAAUUUGACCGGUGCAAAAGUAUGGGCACCCUUAUCAUUUUAUUGAUUUGAAUACUCCUAACUACUUUUUACUGACUUACUGAAGCACAAAAUUGGUUUGGUAACCUCAUUGAGCUUUGAACUUCAUAGCCAGGUGUAUCCAAUCAUGAGAAAAGGUAUUUAAGGUGGCCAAUUGCAAGUUGUUCUCCUAUUUGAAUCUCCUCUGAAGAGUGGCAUCAUGGGCUCAUCAAAACAACUCUCAAAUGAUCUAAAAACAAAGACUGUUCAACAUAGUUGUUCAGGGGAAGGAUACAAAAAGUUGUCUCAGAGAUUUAACCUGUCAGUUUCCACUGUGAGGAACAUAGUGAGGGAAUGGAAGACCACAGGGACAGUUCUUGUUAAGCCCAGAAGUGGCAGGCCAAGAAAAAUAUCAGGAAGGCAGAGAAGAAGAAUGGUGAGAACAGUCAUAGACAAUCCACAGACCAUCAGUGUCCAUCAGUUAUUAGAUAUAUCAAACUGAAAUGGCUGUUGCAAACACCCAAAUAUUUAGAACUAAAAAUGAUUAAGAUUAAUAGGGGUGCCCAAACUUUUUUCAUAUGACUGUAGAAAACCCUGCAACACAAACCCUAUAAUAAUAAAAUAUACAGAUAAAAAGAUACAGGACUACAGUCUGUAUUUUUUAUAGAACUACAAAGUCUUUUCAUAUAUGAGUGGAGAUGAACAUGUGGGUUGGAGUGAGGUAGCUCUCCGGUGCCAGAUUUGGAGAAUACCUCUGCAAUCUGCACUCUAGAUGGCAGCAGGGGACCUUUUAGGCAUCAUUUCAUGCAGCAUCAUCUCCUAAAACUGUACAUUGCCAUAUCAAAUUGGCAUAUCAAAUGGGUUAGAAAGUAGCAUUGUGUACCAUAGAAGCUAAAGAAUGCUGCAUUAACCUGUAGGACCUGUAGGUUAUUUUACGGGAAAUAUUAUGCAGGGUCCAGCUUGCAUCAUCUGCUUUUUUCAGUCCUAGAUCACACAUACUAGCUCUAUUGAACCCAAUGAUUUCCUAAAAACUAGAUCAUUCUAUAUAUACAGUAAAUCUGAAGCUACAUGAAGUUUGGAGGUGUGUAGUGAUGAUGAACUCUGAAGCUACAUGAAGUUUGGAGGUGUGUAGUGAUGAACUAAUCUGAAGCUACAUGAAGUUUGGAGGUGUGUAGUGAUGAUCUAAUCUGAAGCUACAUGAAGUUUGGAGGUGUGUAGUGAUUGGUGUAGUGACUCUGCAGAAACUUGGUGAACUCUGUGCACUAUGCUCCUCAGCAUCCGCUGACCCCCUUCUGUUAUUUUACACUGACAGAGCACAGAGUUGCAGUCGUUCCCAGUCUCUUCCACUGUGUUAUAAUAUCACUGACAGUUGGCUGUGGAAUGUUUAGUAGUGAGUAGUGAAAUUUCACGACUGGACUUGUUGUUGCACAGGUGCUGCAUCCUAUCACGGUACCACAGUACAGGAGUUCACUGAGUUCCUGAGAGCCUGAGACCCAUUCUCUCACUAAUAUUUGUAGAAGCAGUUCCAGCAUGACUAGCUGCUGCUUUUACAGUAUAUUAUACACCUGUGGAACCAUGGAAGAGAUUGGAACACCUGAGUUAAAUGAUGAUUUUGAUGGGUGAGCGAAUACUUUUUGUUAUAAAGUGUACAUCUAAUUAUAGGUAGUCCAAGUUUUGUCUUUGACUGUCCUAGAGGUUUCUUAGGCCUGGUUUAAGAAUCUGUGUUGUACAGUACUGUAUGUCUGUGGUGAUUUCUUAUACAGUCACCAUGGUCCCCAUUGACUUUUACUGCCCUCAAGUGGUGGACAUAGACAGCUGAUAUAUCACCGCCUGUCCAAUUUGUAAUUUUUAAUGGCAUUUAAUUUGCUGUCAUUUACUGACAUGUAAAAAUAAAGAAUUUGUACUCAA